GUAGUACCUAGGUACCUUCUACCGGCCUGCACCAGAUAUGCUUCUACCGAAGUUCCAAUUCCUAAAAUUUAACUGGGGGGCUUUAAAGCAUCUUUUGCGAUUUUGAUAUUGAAGCUUCUCUGGUGUUGAACAUCCGCCCGAGGACCAAAAACGUUCGACUUCGAUCCGCACCAGCAAUGGCGAGUGCGAACUGCUGGAGGUGCCUAGCACGGCCCUCGCAGCGGCUACUCGUGCCCGCAGCGAUAUUACCUGUUGCGUCGACCCCGGCCUCGGCGGCGACCUUCACGACUUCGGCGCAACUGCGAGCUACUGCUCAGAAGCCCGGCGCGAAAGAGGAAGCGAACCUGUCAAGACAUAUUCGUGUCGGUAAACAAUUAUCGCUGGGGAAGAAAAACCGGCGAGCACCGGAUAAGGGCAAGCCUCCGGCGUCUGGCGAACGAAAGGCUUUCCGAAAGCGCAUCCAACUCAGCAACGAUAACGCCUUGGAAGUAAAAGGCCUUGGCGAAAUAACGGCCGGGAAUAUGGUGGACCCUCAUUCCGUAGGCAAGGUUCUAGCUCUCCCGGAGGCGUUGUUGGAUCAAUUGAGGGCUAGCGAAGCUUUCAAACCGACCCAGACUUGGGGAUUAUUCCGGUCGCCGCAUAUGUUAAUUAGGAAAGAAACGGUGGACCUAGCAAAACAACUUACAGAUACAAUCAACAAGAAGGAGACUCUAAGGCUGGUUGUUACUGGAGAUAGGGCGUCGGGAAAGAGUAUGCUGGGCCUUCAAGCUCUGGCAACCGGGUUCAUGAACAACUGGAUCGUAAUUAAUAUCCCAGAAGGGCAAGAACUGACAACUGCGGCGACUGAGUACUCACCAAUACACAACUCGGAGCAGUUCUCCCAACCCGUAUAUACCGUCAAGCUCUUCCAAGCCAUCUACAAGGCCAACCAGCACAUCUUAUCGCAGUACAAGGUUGAGAUGGACCAUAUCCACCUCCCCAUCUCCGUGAACCGCGGUAUGACGCUCGCCGCCCUCGUCAACGCUACCAAGGAGCCCGAGUUCGCGUGGCCCGUGUUCCAAGCCUUCUGGAAGGAGCUAUUACUACCCGGCCGCCCGCCCAUCAUGUUCGCGCUCGACGGCCUCAGCCACAUCAUGCGGGUGAGCGACUACCGCUCUCCCUCCUUCGAGCUGAUCCACAGCCACGACCUGAGCCUGCUGCGGCUGUACACGGACGCGCUGGGCGGCAAGACGAGCUUCCCCAACGGCGCGGCGAUCCUGGGCGUGUGCACCAAGGGCAACAACCCGAUCCUGCCCUCGAUGGAGAAGGCUAUCGAGCAGGCGGCCGCGGCGCAGGCGGGAGAACGGAUCCCGCCCCGUGACCCCUUCUACGCCAAGUACGACGAGCGGGUGUUCGACGCGCUGCGCGGCGUCCGCGUCCUCAACCUCCGCGGCGUCUCGAAGCCCGAGGCCCGCGCCCUCAUGGAGUACUGGGCCGCCAGCGGCAUCCUCCGCCUCCGCGUCGACGAGAAGAACGUCAGCGAGAAGUGGACGCUCGCCGGCAACGGCAUCCUCGGCGAGAUGGAGCGCGCCGCUCUGUUCGAUGUUAGGUCCCCGGUGUAAACAAAAAAAGAAAAAAGAAUUACUACUGCCUACUACUAGUACCUAUUACUUUAUGACGCCCCAUGUCGUCUGAGGAUAUUAGAUGUACGGCUUUUAAAGAUGUAUAUACCGCAAUGUGUACAGUGUAGAAUAUGCGUUUACAUUAUACCUAUGUGUGUUUUCGUGGUGAUGUGGGUUGCGGUGUGCUUUGUUUUGCUGUAGAUGUAUGCGAUGUAAGCCAAUAGAUAAUUCAUGAAAGUUGUAGUCUAAUUAGGUAGAAGUUCACUCAUAUGAUGAUGAAAUCGGAUGAAGAACCAUCCUUAAAUUUGAUU